AUGACAACCACGACAACGUCGGGUACGCCUGCCACGACAACGACGGUUGCUCAGCGCGCCGGUGGACAGGUGUUGGUGCGACCCACUUCGCUACUGCCGCCGGAGAAAGAGCCGGUCAAUUUCCAGAUCAACCUGAUCGGUGCGCCACCCGAGGUGGAGGCCUUGAUCGAGCACAUCAAGGCCGUUGCGGAGCAGUUCCUGUACCACUGGAAAACGUUUCCGAUAAAUCUUCCGACACCACUCUCGAUCAGCCCUGGCGGUGGUGUUGGCAACGGGGGUGGUGGUGGCCACGGGGCGGCACUAAUGCCCGGUGGAGGCAGCAACGCCAACAUACACAGCACCGUCAUUGUCGGCGGUGGUAGUGUCCAGGCCGGGAACCGGAAGUCACGGGCAAUCAAUCUGCGGGAUCUUUUCAUUGCGCCCCCGUUCGACGAACUGGAUGCGGUCGCAGCAGAUGGCACCGGUGAACCCCGGUUGCUGACCAGCGCCCAGCUGCGGUCAUUACGUGAGCGUGGCUUGCAAAAGGACAAAUUUGGGAAACCGAAAAAGUUGAAUUUGGAACAAUUGGAAACGAUACGAUUUACUGGUGAGUUCGAGGUACCAAGCCUAAACUUUCCCGGCCAAGUGCACCGUUGGCGCCUGUCACAGUUUCUGCAGAAAGGCUCCGAAAGGACCCGGGACUCGCUGUUAAGUGAUUUGGCGCUUUCCGCCCGCUUCAUCGUCAUUACUGCCAAGGGCCGCUUGACGGGCCACUUCUUUUCCGUUGCGCACGCGUUCCGCGCUCUGCUGCAAGGUUUGAUCAAGCUGGUCGAUAUGGUCGUAGGCGUUCCCUCGCUGCUAGCGCAUAAUUUAGAUAAUAAAAUCAAAGAAGAACGUUGUCGGUUUUUGGUAGCAGAGUUAGUUUGUAGAAGUGAGUAUGAAGACUGUCUAGAUUCGUUGUGCAGUUACGUGCGCCACCAGCUGCGCCGGGCCACGAUGGAGAAGUUCGACGUGAAUUGCAACCAGGCGCAGCCGAUACCGUAUCUGUGCAUGACACCGAAGGGACAGGAUAUCGAUCUGCGCCUGUUCUCGAAGGACACGAUGCGAAGGGCCCUGCCAAUCCUGGUCGGUAUACUGGAGAAGGAAACACGGGGCUGGUUUUUGCACUUUCGCGAACGGCUUAUCACGGAGCUGCGCGAACGCAAGAUGUCCGAUGCGGAAAUUGAGGAGGAAGUGAACGACGCGGUGAUGAAGGAGUACCUGCAACGGGUAUACACCUCCAUUCUGUCCAACACCGAUCUGGCCGAGCUGGGUGACAAUAUCCCUCAGCUGCUGGUACAGCAGGCACAGUCGGUCGUCAUCAUGCACAAAGCGGUAGAUAAAAUACAGAAAGAGCUGAAGAAAUCGCGUGAGGAAAUGGAACGAACACUGCAGGAACAGCAUCCGGUUCUGUCGCGUGUCUACCCGUGGUUAAGGGCCAAACUGAACACCGGUGAACAGACGAAGCUGUCCAAAAUUACCUGGGGAGCCCACGAGGAAGCGCUGCGCACGGCCCAGAAGCACAAUCUACACCAAACGGUGUACUUUCUCAGCCGUGAUCUGGCAUUUAUGAAGGAGCGAGAACCCGUUCUGUUGAAGGAGCUGAAAAAUGCCAAAACACCAACCCGCAACUUCCAGUGGGCUUGCCGGAUCUGGUCACCAAAGUCCUGGCUGAUACGGCGCAGCUUUCAAGGGCACUCGGAAAUCAUACCGACCGUGAUCUGUCAACAGGCGACCUCGAUCGUCACCCCGCGUUCCGACCCUAGUCAGCCGGUGUUUCUGGUCGAGAAGGAGCUCAUCCGUUCGACCAGCACCCGAUGGCCGAUGUGGCGCCUGCUAAACCUGUUCCAGCGCACCUGGACCUGGACGUGGAACAUCAUGUUUCUGCUCGGCGUGAUCGUGCCCUGGUGCAGUCCGCUUGGGCUUCGCGCUCUGUUUUGCGUGAAACCUUUCAUGGCCGACCUGGAGCUGUCGCAGGUCAACGGAACUCUGUUCCCGCGCAAAACAAGCAUCACACAAACGAUGACCUCGCGGUUGGUGGAGCUGUGGCGUCACAUCUCCAAAGCUCGGACACACUUUGAAACGGAACCGGACACCGGGUUCAUCGGGAAGGGCAUGACACGGCACCUGAACCGGUUGUACAACUACUUCAUAAAAGGGUUCCUCGGGUCGCUGGUUAUUUUGAUCCUGUUUCCGCUGCUCUGCCUGGCCGUGAGUGCUUCGAGCAUUGCACUCGCCAUUGCCGCACCGCUCUGGAUGCCGUUCAUCACGGUAACGUUGCACCUCUACAUGAUGCUGUUCUACGAUCUCGAUUGUCCGGACGAAAGCCGCCGGAAUCGGUACUGCAUUUUGCUGGAAGCCGUUGGGUGGAACAUUUUCCUCCAGGGCUUGAUACAGCCGCUGGCCGCCCUGGCCGUUGCCUCGCUACUCUGCCCAGCCAUAGCGGUGCUGGUGUUUUUCGUCGGCAUCGUCCGGUACUGGGUGCGCCUGUUUUGGGAUGCGGCCACCUUCCAUCUGUUCAUUAAAAAGUGUGGUCGCGUACCGGCGAGCGACAGUUUGGCGGUGCGCCGUAUUGCCGGACCGGGAUUGGCGUUGGAUUACUACUUUUCGGUCAAGCCCGAGCAAGCGUUGGCCGCAUUCGAGGCCAAGAUGGAACUUGACGAGCUCCAGGCUUACCAGCACUCGAUGGAAACCAUCAUCUGUCAACCGCAGAAGGACUUUAGCCAGUUCGUGGAAGCAUGCUUCGGUCCGUUCUCGGCGCAACUCUCGAAAACGGUUGGACCCUACAGGCAGCUCGAGCGCGAAGGUCACGAUUUGAUGGCAUCGCUGCACGAGAAGCUCGAGAAACGACGGCGCGAUCUGCAGACGGGGCUAACGACCGCGGUCAAGUCUCGCAUCAAGCUCAACACGAUGGAACUGAAAAUUGUGAUCCAACAGUCGGCGUACAUGUUGGAGAAGUUUUACCCUUCGCACGUCAUUGCCCGGCUGUCGAUCAGCGAGGAAGAGUUCUGGGAUGCCAAGGGCCUAUCGGUGGGCGAUUGGGCCGGCUUAGCCGGUAUGCUGUACGCGGACAUAUUUAGUCUCGACUUUCUGACGCCGCUCUCGGACACCGACACACAGUUUAAGCUGGAACCGCACGCCCAGCUCGACCUGUAUCGGUACACGGAAAUGGUGCAGAACACGAGCGACAUUAUGGGCAUCAAUGGGCCGGACUUGCUCGGCAAUGUGUACGCACCGCGCGGUAACAUCCAGGUGCACUCACCGUACCUCGAGGUGUCGGCCUUCAAUCCGCGAUCGCGCGUUAUGAUCAACUCUCGGCGAGCAGAAAAACGAAAUGACACAUCUUCGUCCGGUUUGACAACACCGCGCGUGCGUGCACGGCGUUCCCCGAUUCCGUCGCCGAAGCAGAAAACGCAAAGCUGGAAACCGUGGAAGCGGAAACAGCACCCAAAGCACGCGGCGGACAAGAUGCUGAUACCGCUGCCCAUACCGCACCCCGUGCACAUCGCCAUAUCAAUCUACAAUCGCGACUCGGACCAACCGAUACCGGUCGAGUCGGACCUGUGCUGGGAGAUACUGCGCUCGAUCGAGGAGUGCCAGGGUGACCAGGAAGCCAUCUUGCGUUUCCGUGAGCUGGGCGAUCACAUGGAUGGCCAUCACCAUCACCACCAUCAUCAGCAUGGCCGCUCGGUUGGGCUGAGCGUUGACGGGCUGGCGGCCAUCGACAGCAGCAUCGAUUCACUCGAUUCACAAAACUCGUCCAAUUCUGGCACGAAGGACAGCAUGGACAUGAUGGCCGGAGCUACCGAAACGCUACCGUGUACCAAUCGCGAGGUAACGAUCGUCAUGCCAUCGACCGUGCUGGGGGAAACCAGUGAUACCGGCGGCUCGGAAGUGAUGCACGGCGGUAGCGGCGCCACCACCACCGUCGUGAUGAUGCCUUCGACCGGAAGCAUUACGACGACCGUUACUGCCGCCGCUACCGGAGCCACCACGCCGUCAUCGAUCACGGCAGGGCCAACACACUUCCACUGGACGCUCCGUAACUGGGGCAAUGGCGGUGGUGGUGGUGGAUCGGGACAGGCUGCCUCAAACCGUCGCCGUAAUACCAGCUACACCUACAGUAGCACGACCACCAGCGGCGGCGGCGGCGGCGCCGGAGGCAACUUGAAUAGUGGCAGUGCCACCAACUCCGCCAACGACAGCCAGUUGGAUCAGAUACGGGUCGAUUUGGCUAGCCCGGAGGACAUUUCGCUCGAUACGGAUAGCUCCCGGGCCAUGUUCACUGCCGUGUACGGUACCACAGUGUGA